AUGGCGACCCUGCAAAGCGGAUUGCUUCCUUCUAAUCAUCUUCUUCCUGACAAUUCAUCCUUCAACAUCUCCACUACCCACCACAGAUUCAACGUUUUCCCUCCAAAAUCCAAUUUUCAUCCCAUAACGGCUAAAAAUUCUGCUCUGAAACAAUCACUAGUGUCCACCCAAACAGACCCACAUGCCCAACUACUCGCAACAGCUCAAGGUGCGAAAAAAAUUAUAAGUAAUCUGAGUUUCGAACACAACAAUGAGGUUGAUUGUCUCUAUCUCUUAAACCUGUUCAAUACAAAGGGUAGCUGUUUCUACGUCUGGAAGCAAGUUCAUGGCCAGUAUGUAAAGUUGGGUUUAAUGAGAUCAAACAAUUUGAUUGGAAACAAGCUUGUCAUACUGUACUCGAAAAGGGUCGAAUCAUUAGAUGAUGCGCGUCGAUUGUUCGAUGAAAUUCCCGAGAGAACUGUGCUUGCUUAUGCUGCGUUGAUAGGGUCUUAUUGUCAGUCUGACAGAUGGGAAGAGUUGUUUGCAGUGUUUGGAUUGAUGGUUCACGAAGGAAUGCUGCCCGAUAAGUAUCUUGUACCCACGAUCCUCAAGGCGUGCUCGGCAGUCAAGUUAUUGAGGAUUGGUAAAAUGGUUCAUGGGUAUGUAAUCAGGAACAAAUUGGGGACCGAUGUUUUUGUGGGUAACGGGCUCAUUGAUUUGUAUGCAAAUUGUGGGGACUUGACAUAUUCAAGAAAUGUUUUUAAUACAAUGCGGGAGAGAGAUGUAGUUUCGUGGACUGCCCUUUUUUCUGCUUACAUGGAUCGAGGGCAUCUAGAAGAGGCAAUUGAUGUUUUUCAUUCAAUGCAAGUAAAUGGAGUGAAGCCCGAUUUGAUCUGUUGGAAUGCCCUUGUCUCGGGUUUUGCUCGGAAUGGAGAGAUUGAUUCAGCUUUCCAAUCUUUGGAAGAGAUGCAAGAGAAAGAAUUGAAGCCAAAAGUUACUUCUUGGAAUGGAGUUAUUUCGGGUUGUGUUCAAAAUGAGUAUUUUGAAGAUGCUUUGGAUGUGUUUAAUAAAAUGCUGUUGUUUCAUGAGAAUCCAAAUGCCGUGACAGUAGCAAGCAUCUUGCCAGCUUGUGCUGGUAUGAAAGAUCUAAACUUAGGCAGGGCAAUUCAUGGAUAUGCUGUUAAAAGCAAUCUUCAUCGGAACAUUCAUGUGGAAGGAUCAUUAAUUGAUAUGUAUUCAAAAUGUGGAAGGAACGAUUAUUCAGAAAAACUUUUUGGUCAGGUAGAGAACAAGAAUAUUACCUUAUUGAAUGAGAUGAUCGCAAAUUAUGUCAAUGAGGGGAAAAUGGAUUCUGCGUUAGGGCUUCAUAGAUCAAUGAAGAACGAUGCUUUAAAGCCCGAUGAGAUUACAUAUAACACAAUGCUUGCUGGACAUGCAAGACAUGGGGAGAAGAACGAGGCAUAUAAGUUACUAUGCGAGAUGACCCAGACAGGUUUGAAGCCAAAUAUUGUUUCAUUUAAUGCUCUAAUAUCUGGUUUUCAACAAUCUGGGCUUACUUAUGAAGCUCUGAAGUUGUUUCGGAUCAUGCAAUCACCUUCCACUAAUUGCUUUUGUGUCGACGUGCCAAAUGUGUUAGUACAACCAAAUCCAAUCACAAUUACUGGUGCUCUUGCAGCUUGUGCCGAUCUAAGUUUAUUGCGCCAAGGGAAGGAAAUCCAUGGAUAUAUAAUGAAGAAUGGUUUCGAGUCUAACAUCUUUGUGUCGAGUACAUUGGUUGACAUGUAUGCAAAAUGCCAUGAUAUUAGUUCGGCAACUAAGUUAUUCUGGAAUAUAGAGGAUAGGAACACAGUUUCUUGGAAUUCUUUGAUUGGAGGACACAUUGCCAAUAAGCAUCCCGAAGGGGGUCUAAAACUCUUUAAUGCAAUGUUGACUGAAGGCUACAUUCCAAGCUUAAUCACCUUUAUGAUACUUAUGCCAGCCUGCAGUGAUAUGGCAGUUGUGAGUGCGGGGAGAGCAUUACACGGCUAUAUUUUGAAGAGUCAGAAUAUUGAACUCAACAAUACCCUUGCAAGUGCAUUGAUAGACAUGUAUGCUAAAUGUGGUUCUGUUGUGGAUGCUAAAUUGGUGUUCGACUCUGUUACUACGAAAGAUAUUGCUGUGUGUAAUGCCAUGAUUUCUGCUUUUUCAGCUCAUGGGAUGGUCGAUAAUGCUGCUGCCUUGUCUGAACAAAGGGAAAUCGGGAACUUAGCUUGA